AUGCAUCCAAAGACAACGAAGGAGAGAAGCCGGAGCGUGAACUUCACGUACCCCAGUCGGCCGGAUGUGCAGAUUCUGAACGACUACAACGUCACCAUUGAACCUGGUCAGACUGUCGCCUUUGUUGGUGCGAGUGGAGGUGGUAAGAGUACUCUCAUCUCGCUGCUUGAGCGCUUCUACGACCCUCAAGAAGGCUCCAUCUUGCUGGACGGACGAGAUGUCAAGACGCUGAACGUGAAAUGGCUACGGUCACAGAUCGGUCUCGUAUCGCAAGAGCCUGUGCUGUUCGCUACUACCAUCUUUGAGAACAUCGCAGCGGGUGGAAAUGAAAUCUCUCGUGACCAGGUGAUGGCAGCGGCAAAGCUGGCCAACGCCCACAAUUUCAUCAUGUCGUUACCGGAACAGUACGAUACACUGGUAGGUGAGAAGGGAGUGUCAUUGUCGGGUGGUCAGAAGCAGCGUGUAGCUAUCGCUCGAGCGAUUGUGCGUGAACCAAAGAUGCUGGUACUGGAUGAAGCGACAAGUGCACUAGAUGCAGAGAGCGAGCGAGUGGUUCAGGCAGCUUUGAACGAUUUGAUGGACAAGACUCGCAUGACGACGCUGGUGAUCGCUCAUCGGUUGAGUACGAUUCGAAACGCAGACAAGAUCGUAGUGGUGAAUGGUGGUCACGUAGUCGAGGAAGGAAACCACGCUGAGCUAUUGACAAUUGAGGAUGGAAUCUACAACAAGUUGUACACAAUCCAAGAAGAGAAAGCUCAAGAAGAAGCUCAAGCUGCAGCUUCUGCGUUGAAAGAAGCUGAGUUGGGAGAACCGCACUCACAAAGUUUACGCCAUCACAGUAGUCGGUCUGUCAAUAGUGACCACAUGGAGGAGGACAAGAAGGCGAGUCUGGAGAAAGCAGAUACAAGCAAGACGUUUACGAUCUUCGACGCCAUCGCGUUCUCCCGUCCUGAGAGAUCUGCAUUCAUCGUUGGUAUCUUCGCUGCUGCGGUCAUGGGUUGUGCUCUACCAAGUUCUGCAGUACUCAUCAGUGAGCUGGUUGCGACCAUGACGACAAACUACACUCUGUACAAAGAAUCAAACGUCCAAUCUGCGCUGGAUGAUCUCAAGCACGACGUGAUGGUGUAUGGCCUCUGUUAUGUAGGCGGAUCCGUCGUCAUGUUUCUCGCUGCAGCGACCCAGAACUAUUGCUUCAAGUACAUGGCGGAGAAACUCACCUCCCGACUACGAGACAUCCACUUUACCGCACUAUGUCGACAAAAUAUUGGUUUCUUCGAUGAGAAGAAGAACGCAACGGGUGCUUUAACCGCUGAUCUCUCGACGAACGCUACGAAAGUUGCUCUUAUCUCCGGUGACUCGCAGGGACGCGUUGUUCAGGCGAUCUUCACGUUUGUAGCAGCGUUGGUGAUCUCCUUCACGACUGGAAGUUGGUUGUUGACACUCGUGAUGUUGGCUGUGUUCCCGUUCUUGAUAGCCGGCCAAAUGGUUCGUAUGCAUCAAAUGAAGUCGUCUGGACAUCUGUCGGAUGAGCUUUCAGACGUUGGCGCUCACGCUUCAGAAGCUUUGAGUAACAUCCGUACCGUGGUCUCUCUGGGACUGGAAAACUCGAUUUGUGGCAAGUUUUCUGCCUUGUUGGAAGAACCAUUGGCCAGUGGACGUCGUGAAGCUCAGCUCAACGGACUUGCGCUUGGCUUCAGCUCGUUCAUUCUCUUCGCGACCUAUUCGCUCGUGUUCUGGUACGGCGGAAAGUUAGUGGAUGACCGAGAGAUUAACUUCAAAGAGCUCAUGAGAACGCUCAUGGCCAUCAUGAUGUCGGCCCAGGGCAUUGGCAACGCAACUUCCUUUAUGGGCGAGUCUGACAACGCAUUGAAGGCCGUGCACACGCAACUUCGUCAACUGUCAGUUGUAGAGAAGGUCACGCCCGAGGUCAAGGCCAAGAUUGAGUCUCUUGUGCCGUUCGUGCCGGAGGUCGCGAAACCCGAUGGAACGGAGAAGCGCAGGACCAAAUUUUUGUAA